UUCCGUCGCCGGGAGAGCAGCGCUCGGAGACAUGAGUGGGCUCGGUCUGCUUCUGCGAGUGGCGCGGACUGCGCUCCCGCCCAGGGCCAGGCUGUUUCGCACCGGCUGCCCUCGGCCCGCGUUUGUUAAGGAGCUUUUCUUGGGGAACUUCCAAACGAAGGAAGUUUUGCCUUAUCCUGAAAUUAGCAAUGAAGAAUUGGAAGAAAUCAAUCACUUUAUAGCACCAGUGGAAAAAUUCUUCCUUGAAGAAGUGGAUUCUAAGAAAAUUGAUCAAGAUGCUAAAAUUCCACAAGAAACUCUUGAUGGGCUAAAGAAUCUGGGGCUCUUUGGCAUGCAAGUACCACAGGAAUAUGGUGGCCUUGGUCUUUCAAAUACAAUGUAUGCACGUUUAGGAGAAAUAACUUCUCAAGACGGAGCUAUUACAGUAACUUUGGCAGCUCAUCAGGCUAUAGGGCUAAAGGGACUCCUGAUUGCAGGCACUGAGGAACAGAAGAAAAAGUAUCUACCUAAGCUGGCUUCUGGGGAGCACAUUGCAGCAUUUUGUCUCACAGAACCAGGAAGUGGAAGUGAUGCUGCAUCCAUCCAGACCAGAGCCACCUUGAGUGAAGAUGGAAAGCAUUACAUAUUAAAUGGUUCAAAGAUAUGGAUAUCAAAUGGUGGUAUUGCAGAUAUCUUUACUGUAUUUGCAAAAACUGAGAUUGUUGAUAAAGAUGGUGCAGUAAAAGACAAAAUUACUGCUUUCAUUGUAGAAAGAUCUUUUGGUGGAAUCACUAAUGGAAAACCAGAGGAUAAACUGGGUAUACGCGGAUCUAAUACUUGUGAAGUUCACUUUGAAAAUACAGCAGUUCCUGUAGAGAAUGUUAUUGGAGAAGUUGGAGGAGGAUUUAAGGUUGCUAUGAAUAUUCUAAACAGUGGAAGAUUUAGCAUGGGCAGUGCUUCUGCUGGAAUGAUUAAGAAACUUAUUGAAAUGACAGCAGAGUAUGCUUGUACGAGAAAACAAUUCAAUAAGAAGCUGUCUGAAUUUGGAUUAAUUCAGGAGAAGUUUGCCCUUAUGGCUCAGAAAGCUUAUGUAAUGGAAAGCAUGGCCUAUCUCACUGCAGGCAUGAUGGACAGGCCAGGGAUCACGGAUUGCUCGGUUGAAGCUGCCAUUGUUAAAGUGUUCAGUUCUGAAGCUGCUUGGGUUUGCGUGAGUGAAGCGUUGCAAAUUCUUGGAGGCCUUGGCUACAUAAAAGAUUAUCCAUAUGAGCGCUAUCUCCGGGAUUGUAGGAUACUUAUGAUUUUUGAGGGAACAAAUGAAGUUUUGAGGAUGUAUAUUGCUUUGACAGGCAUGCAGUAUGCAGGCAAAAUCUUAACUGAACAAAUAAAAGAACUCAAGAAAAAAAAUGUAAAAGUGAUGUGGAAUAUAGUUAUGAGCAGGCUGUUUAGCAGCAGGACUGCAAGCAUAGGAUUAAUUGGAAAAGGAGGAGGAGUUCAUCCCAGUCUCAAAGAAAGUGUCGAGAAACUUGAACUAAACAUCUGUGAUUUUGGAAAGACAGUUGAAGCCUUGCUAAUGAGGUUUGGCAAGACUAUUGUGGAUGAGCAGAUGACUCUUAAAAAAGUGGCAGACAUCGUCAUUAAUCUAUAUGCAAUGACUGCAGUCAUAUCCAGGGCUAGUCGAUCUAUCUGUAUUGGCUUGAAUAAUCAUGAUCAUGAGGUGCUGCUUGCAAAUAUUUUCUGCACUGAAGCUUGUUUUGUGAAUAAUUACACAAUGGUAUCAUUACAAAAAAAUUCUCCUGAAAAUCUGGAUGACAGCAUUAAAAAAGUGGCAAAUCAGGUGCUGGAAAAAAGAGCCUAUAUCUGUUCACACCCACUUAACAGAACAUUCUGAAAGUUGGAAAAGAACAAACUGCAGUCUGAGGUGUACUUAACAAUACAGCUGGAGCCAGAGAGCACAGUGUAUCUGAACGUAUACAAACUGGAUCCUCAGGUAUAUUCUUAGAUCUGAGGCAAAAUGCAAGACUAAUAACAUUGUCAUGAAAUAUGGUUUCAUAUCCUACAGUGCAAUUUUAUAGAAUAAAAUAAAGUAAUAAAUUGUAUAAGCCUG